AUGGCAGAUGGUACCUACAGGUUCCAGCAGCCUGGGGCCGGGCAAUUCUAUUUCCAAUCUCAAGCACAGCAGAAUCCACACCAACGACACAUCGUUCGAAACGGGACCAAUUCCCCCACGGGUCGACUGAAAUUCAACAACGACACCCCCUCCCCAUCUCGAUCCCCUGCUUUAAACCAGACUGCUGCAAUCAGCUCUUUCAACAACAUGUACGGCCAAACCCACCAAGGCCAGCAUGUCAUGAUGAAUGGCGGUCAAGCCCACCAGCGGUUUGGCAUGCAGAUCCCGAAGUUCCAAUCGCAAACCCACCACACCCAUCACGCACAACAGCCACACCAUCACACCCACCACACUCAGGCCACUCACAACCUUACCCACCAACACAAUUUCCCCGGCGGCUCACUGGCCACCACCGCGACCUCUCACUUCACAUCGACUCAUUUGCAGAACGGACCCAGCGCAGACGAUGACUUGGAUGAUUCAAUGAACGAGCAUUGGCAGCAGCAGCUCCAGCUUGCGGCCGAGUCACGUCAAGCCACUUCACCCCAUUACCAUGCUCGUAUCAUUGCACAACAAACGAAAGGCAUCCAGCUUAUCUCCAGCCAGAAUGACACGGAUAGUGGAACGGAUGGGCGCAAUGGUUCAACUGCGGGGAAGACGACUAGUCGACAGGGCUGGAAUGCACUUGAUUUCGGUGGCCAAGGCCUGCGCGCUUUGACCACCUCGUUGUUCAAUUAUGCCUUCAUCGAGAAGCUUUACCUCAACUCCAACAAGUUGAAGGUGCUGCCCCCGGCUAUUGGGCAACUGCGCAAACUGACCCAUCUUGAUCUCUCCGGUAAUGAAUUGACAGAGCUGCCAGAAGAAGUGGGCAUGCUUUCGAGUCUCAAGAAACUCCUCCUCUUUGACAACAACAUUCGCAACCUCCCUUAUGAAAUGGGUUAUCUCUACCGCUUGGAAACGCUGGGUAUCGAGGGCAACCCUUUGAACGAGGUCCUCAAAUCUCAGAUCAUGAAGGACGGCACCAAGGCUCUCAUCAAGUACCUGAAAGAAGAGAUGCCAGUCCACCACCCUCCUCCCGACCGUGAUUGGGUCAUCCUUGAUGACACUUCGAGCUCGUCCAACAGCAGCGCGGAAAAGAUUACCGUUCUGUCGUACAACACCCUGUGUGACUCUUCCGCGACCCAAUCUCAUUAUGGCUAUGUGCCCUCCCGUGUGCUGUCUUGGGAGUAUCGCCGCGAGCUUAUCCUCAACGAAUUACGAUCCCAUAAUGCCGAUAUUGUCUGCCUACAGGAAGUGGAUCAAGGCAGUUACAACAAUUUCUUCCGGGAACAACUUGCCUACAACGAUUACAAGGGUGUCUACUGGCCGCGUGGUCGUGCAAUGGGCAUGCAGGAGGAAGAUGCCCGCUCAGUCGAUGGCUGUGCUACGUUCUUCAAGGGAAGCAAGUACAUUCUGUUGGACAAGCAAUUGAUCAACUUCGGCCAGACAGCUGUCCGACGACCUGACGCCAAGGGCCAAGAUGAUAUCUACAACCGAUUGUGGCAGAAAGAUCACAUUGCCGUUGUCGUCUUUUUGGAAAACAGACAGACUGGUGCUCGCUUCAUCAGUGUUAACGCUCAUCUGUACUGGGACCCGGCGUUCAAGGAUGUCAAGCUUAUUCAAACGGCCAUUCUGAUGGAGGAAAUUACCAAGAUGUCCAACAAAUAUGCCAAAUGGCCCGCUUGCACGGAUAAGACUGCAUUCCGCUUCUCCGAGGCCGAAGAGUCCACGCCCGUGGUGGAACCCGCUCCGUCAAUGGAGUACACCAGCGGCGAUCAGAUCCCAGUUCUCAUGUGCGGUGAUUUCAACUCUUCACCCGGGUCUGCAGCUUACAACCUGAUUUCCACUGGACGCCUGCCCGAAGACCAUCCGGAUCUUGAGAAGCGACUUUACGGAAACCUCAGCCGUGUUGGUAUGACCCAUCCCUUCAAGUUGAAGUCAGCCUACUCCUCCAUGGGAGAGCUCAGCUUCACCAACUACACCUCCGACUUCACGGCAAUUCUGGACUACGUUUGGUACUCUUCCAAUACUCUCCACGUGUCGGCGCUGCUCGGCGAAGUGGACAAGGAGUAUCUACGCCGGGUACCUGGAUUCCCCAAUUUCCAUUUCCCCAGCGACCACGUUGCAUUGCUUGCGGAGUUUACGGUAAAGGGCAAGAAAGGAAAGGUGGUAGAGGCGGAUUUCGGGCCACAACGGCACUAA